AUGGAGGACGCAGCGGGCCGCCGCGCGGUCAAGUCGGCCUCGACGAUGAAGCGCAGCGCGAGAGAGAAGCCCCCGCUCCGUGCCACCGCUUCCGUGCGCCCACGGCCGGUCACGGCCUCCUCAGCCGCGCGGCGCACGACGUCCGGCCCCACGGACGUCCUCGACGCCAUCCAGAAGCUCGAGGCGGAGUCGCAGGACCGCGCCGCGGCGCUCGCGGCCAUCCAGACGCGCCUGAAACACACCCAGGACGAGAACACGCGUCUUGCAUCCGAGAACGCGGGGCUGCGGGAGCUCGUCGGCGCGGAGAACGACGCGCGCGUGAGCAAGUGGCUCGAAUCGAACCAGGGCCUGUCGGACGUGCGCGCGGCGGGGGUCGCGGACGCCCGCGAUGGCAGGAGGGGUUCCGUCGCGGACGAGGGGGAGGACGGCGGCGGCGGGGGGGGCGGCGGGUCGGCGGAUCGCGAGCGCAGGACGUUCAGGGACGUGCCGGAGGAGCAGAGGGAGCUGGAGAUGGAGGUCGACCGGCUGAAGCACAUGGUCGAGAUAUCGAGGAACGAGGCGAACGAGCUGCGCUCGACGCAGGACGACAUCGAGAAGCGGUGGCGCAAGCGCCUCAGCCACGAGAUCGAGCGGAUGCGCCGCGUGCACGCGGUGACGGAGAACGUCCUCGAGAAGGAGCGCGCGGAGGCCCGCGAGGUCGCGCAGCAGCUCGCGGACGCCCGGCAGGAGAUAUCCGGACUCAGGGACCGCGUGGCGCACACGGCGGACGCGCGGGACCUGCGGCGCGCGGAGCAGCAGGUCGUGCAGUACUCGCUGGCGCUCGAGCUGCAGCGGAAGGCCAACAGCAAGGACGUGAAGGACGCGCAGGCGCUCAUCGACGCCGAGAAGGAGCUCGUCGCGCAGCUGCGGCAGGAGGCGAACGACGCCCGCGCGGACAUCGUGUCGCUGCGGGACGCGCUCGAGGCGGCGCAGGUCACGCUCGCCAGCAAGGACAACGAGCUCAAGGCGAAGGACCGCGAGAUCCUCGAGCAGCAGGCCGUCAUCCGCGUCCGCGAGCAGCAGGCUGCGCAGAUCCGCGCGAUCCAGGCCGAGGUCGAGUCGCUGCGGUCGUCGGGGGUGAUUGACGUGCCCUCGCAGCCGCUGCUGCAGCUGCCGCCCGUGGGCGAGGCGAGCAGCGACAACGCCUUCGCGGCCGCGGACCACGCGAGCUACAUCGUGACGGGCGGGUCGAUCGUCUCGCAGAGCAGCCGCGGCGAAGUGUCGCAGUCCGGGUCCGCGCCACCGCCCGCCAACCGGUCGACCGUGAAGUUCGAGGGCCCCGCGCCUGGCGCGGCGGCGUCCGUGCUGACCGGCGUGAGCGAGGAGCCGCGGCCCAGCGGGGACGCCCCGGGUAGCGACGCGGGGGGGUCCGCGCACGACCCCCCCGGGGGGCCGCAACGGCGCGGGCGGUCGAAGACGGCGCGCCGGGCGCGGCUCGGGCGCAGCGCGGCGCCCGCGGACCAGUCUCCGGCCCCGGACGCCCCGCAGCCCGCGGGGGGGAGUGGAUCGCCCGGGUCGGACCUGCGGCGCAUGUCGACGGGCCGCACGCGGCGGUCCAAGUCCCGCGACCGCGGGUCGAACCUGUGGCGCGGCAGGAGCGGCGCGGCCGCGCUCUCCCGGCAGGACGUCAAGGACUCGGAGGAGUACAAGAAGCUGCGCAAGGACUACGUUGCCGCCACGAAGGAAAUCAACAAGCUGCAGGAGGCCGUUGCGAAGCUGCGGGGGGAGCUGGCGGAGGCGUACCACGUGGACGAGACGCCCGAGGAGCAGCGGGCGCGGAUCCAGGAGUCGCUGCGGUCGAAGUCCAUUUGGGCGGAGGAGGAGCUGGCGGUGACCAAGCUUGAGUUGAAGGUGGUGGCGGCGCGGAUCCUGCAGGCGGAGCAGCUGGCGUGGCACAGCCGCGGCGUGAAGGUGGCGGUGGAGCAGCAGCUCGAGGAGACGCACGCGGAGCUGCAGGGCGUGCGCACGGAGCUGUCGGAGCGGGUGGCGGAGCUGACCGGGGUGCGCGGGGAGCGGAACGAGCUCGAGGAGCAGCUGACGGAGGCGCGCGGGGUGAUCGCGGAGCACGAGGGGACGAUCGCGGACCUGCGGACGACGCUGGUCGACGUGCGCGCGGCGGCGGAGGCCGCGGCGGAGCACGCGGCCGCGGAGCUGGCGGAGGCGCGCCGGACGGCGCGCUUGGAGACGGCGGAGCUGCGCGACACGGUGCAGGCGCACGAGGCGCGCAUCGCGGAGCUCGAGGGCACGCUCGAGACCGUGGAGGGGGAUCUGUUGCAGGAGACGGAGUUCCUGUCUGACCUGGCGGCGAACGCGCUGAUGGACCUGACGCUGGAGCAGGUGGAGCGCGACGUGGUGGACGAGACGCUCACGGACGCCCAGGCGCAGGCGCUGCAGCGCCAGGGGCGGAUCGAGGCGCUGGAGGCGGCGCUGGAGGACGUCACGGGCGAGCGGGACAGGCUGCGCGCGGAGUGCGAGGGGCUGAAGGAGGCGCGCGCGGCGGAGCAGGCGGAGCUGCGCGCGCGCAUCGCCGCCGUGGAGGAGGCCAAGGCGGAGAGCGACGCCGUGGGCGCGCGGCUGCAGCGGGAGGUCGACGCGGGCAUCUCGCGGCAGGAGGUGCUGAUGCACGAGCUGGAGGCGGCGAAGCGGCAGUGCGUGCAGACGCUGGACAUGGUCAAGGCGCGCGAGGAGGAGCUGGACGCGACGGUGAAGCGGAUGCAGCGGACGCAGAAGCGCGCGCUCGAGCUGGGGAAGAAGAUGGAGCAGGCCGAGCAGGAGAUGAUCGACCUGCGCGGGCAGCUCGAGGUGCUGCGGAGCCUGCUCGACGCGGAGAAGACCAAGGUCCGCGAGGCGAACGACCGGCUCAAGAACCAGCGCAAGAAGCUGCUCGAGGAGACGGCGCGCGCGGACCUGUCGGAGAACGCGUUCGCGUCGCUGCAGAAGCGGCUGCAGGGGCUCCAGGAGCGCUCGAUCGAGCGCGUGCAGGAGGCGCAGCUGUACAAGGAGCGCGAGGAGCGGGCCAUGAAGGAGGUGGCGGCGCUCGAGGAGCGCCUGGACGAGUGCGAGGCCGAGCUGCGGCGGUCGCAGGAGCGCGUGGCGGCGCUCGAGAGCGCGGGCGACGCGGAGGAGAGCCAGCGGCUGGUCGUGGCGCUCACGCGCAAGUGCCACGAGCUCGAGCGGUCGGUGGACGCCAAGGAGAAGAAGAUCCGCGGCCUGCUGUUCUUCGCGCACGAGAAGGACGUGAAGAUCGACGACCUCGUGGACCGCAACGGGGACCUCGAGGUCCGCCUCGAGUCGGUCGAGAACCAGCUCGCCAAGUACGUAGGCUUUGAGCUCGGGGGGCACGGGUCGCUGGUGCGCGAGCUGGUGGGCAUGCGCGCCAAGGUGAGCGAGCUCGAGGCGCGGUGCGCGGAGCGCGUGAAGCUCGCCGAGCGCCUCCAGCGGCAGCUCGCGGAGUCCCGGAAGCUGCAGCGGCGCGCCGAGGAGCAGCGCUACCACACGGAGGCCGAGUUCGCGACGCUGAAGAGCAAGGUCGCGGAGAUGGGGCUCGUGGACGAGGUGGACCGCGAGCUGCAGAAGGCCAAGCGCGAGGGCGAGGCCAAGCGCGCGCAGAUGAUGAGCCGGAUCAAGCAGGUGAUCGACGACGCGAAGGACCGCGGCGGCGUGCCCACCGAGCGCGAGCGACGCAAGGACCGGAUCAUCCAGGAGCUCACGCGGCAGCUGCGGCUCGCGGACGACGCCGUGAAGGAGCAGCACAACCAGUCGCACAUCGCCGUGCUGCAGAUGAGCGACGACCUCACGAGGGCCAAGCAGGAGGUCGGCCGACUGCGCAACAUCAUCUACCGGCUGGGCACGGCGCCGCAGCCCGUGCCGGACCCGGAGGAGAGCCAGGUGCUUCGCGGGACGACGGUGCCGCCGUCGAGCAAGGUCGCGGCGCGCGUGCGGUCCGCGACAGUUCGUGCGUCGCCGGGGAGCGGCCUGCGGUCGGCCGGCGGCUCGCCGCCGCAGGUGCGCCCCGGGCCGGGCACCGCGCCCGCGGGCGCGUCGCGGCCCGUGCCCACCCGCGCCGUCUCGAUGCCCGCGCAGCCCUCGGCGGGCGUCCCCGCGCGGGCGUCGUCGCCGGGCGCCAUGGCGUGGGACUGGGGCGGCUUCCAGCCCGUCGAAGUGGGCGCCGCGGGGGGCGCGCAGGGCUUCCCCGCGGAGGCGUGGCCGUCGCGGCCGGGCUCGCAGAUGACGGACCGCGGGCCUGCGUCAGGCCGGGAGUCCCCCGUGUUUGGCAACCCGUCGACGCGUCCAGGGUCGGCGGUGUCGGGGAUCUCCACGACGCUGUACUCGCACAGGCCCGCGGGGCGGCCGUCCGGCGGCGCGCCCGCGCACCGCUCGGCCAAGGGCGCGCGGCCCAUCUCGGCGUGCGGCCCGCACCGCGCGGCAGGGGCCGGCGGCGCAGCGCACGUCGCCGCCGGCGGCGGCCGCCGCCGCGGGGCCGAGCGCGGCGCACACGGCGCUGACGCGGCGGAAAUCGUCGGCGCGGCGCCCGCUCAGCGCGGCGCCGGCGAUGCCGUCAGUGGUCGAGUCGUCCCAGGAGGGUCCGGCGCUGCAGGCAGUGCUGGCGUCGCAGCGCAGCGCCGCGCGCCGGCAGCGCGAGGCGGCGGCGUCCGCGGCGCCCGACGAGCUGGACAGCGCGCUGUCGAUGAUGGAUCUGGUGAAGGAGGCGGGUGCGCCGAAGGAGCCCGCGCAGGGCGGCGGAGGGGGGGGACUGUUGCAGGACAUCCUGCGGGAGGAGCGGAGCGCGGAGGGCGGGAGCGUGGGUGCAGCGAGCGGGGCUGGGCGCGCGUCGCGCGGCCGCGGGAGCGGCGAGGAGCACCACACGGGGGGGGAGCAGGGGCGCGGGAGGAAGGUGUGGGUCGUUGGCGACGACGUAGGGGCCGCGCAGGACGCCGCGGAUGA